AGCAGGGGGCGGGAGCGGGGGCCGGGUUUGCUUUCUCUUUCGGUUCAAGCGUUGCAAAGCCAGUCAGCAGCACAGCCAUGGACGCUCCGGUGCCUCCGAUGCCAGCCCCGCUCUGCCUGGUGACCAACGAGGACAGCGUGCUGUCCCUCGACCCCGCGGCGCUGGCAGUGCUGCAGGAGGUGCCCCAGCCCCUGGUGGUGGUGGCCAUCGCCGGGCCGUACCGCACCGGGAAGUCCUUCCUGAUGAACCGGCUGGCACAGAAGCGCAUUGGCUUCCCCCUGGGCCCCACCGUACGGGCAGAGACCAAGGGCAUCUGGAUGUGGUGCCUGCCCCACCCGCGCCGUCCCGGAGUGACCUUGGUGCUGCUGGACACCGAGGGGCUGGGAGACCCCAACAAGGGUGACAGCCACAAUGACGCCUGGAUCUUCACACUGGCGCUGCUGUUGUCCAGCACCCUGGUGUACAACAGCAUCGGCACCAUCGACCAGAAGGCGCUGGAGAACCUCGAGCUGGUGACGGAGCUGUCGGAGAUGAUCCGCGUGCGGGACGGGAACAAGGAUGGCAACGACAGUGUUGGGAGAGAAGACGAGGCUGAGGACUGCGAGUUCGUGCGCUUCUUCCCCGGCUUUGUGUGGGUGGUGCGCGACUUCACGCUGGAGCUGCGCCUGGGUGAGCGGCCCAUCACUGAGGACGAGUACCUGGAGCAGGCGCUGGAACUCAAGCACGGGCACGGCCGCAAGGUGCAGAACUACAACUCCACGCGGCUGUGCCUCCGCAACUAUUUCCCCACUAAGAAGUGCUUCGUGCUGCCUUCGCCGCUGGGCACAGGGGAGCAGAGGCGCAUGGAGGAGCUGCCCGAGGCCGCCUUGGCCCCAGGUUUCCUCCAGCAGGCAGCCAAGUUCUGUGACUACGUGCUGAACACCGCCAGGCACAAGACGCUGCCUGACGGCAGAGAACUGACAGGGCGAGCCCUGUGCCUGCUGCUGCACAGCUACGUGGAGGCCAUUAACAGCGGGCGUCUGCCCUGCCUGGAGGGAGCAGCAGCAGUGAUGAUGGCCAACGAGAAUGCAGCUGCGGUGGCUGCAGCGCUGGAGGCCUAUGCCAAGGGCAUGCGGGAGCUGACACUGCCCACAGAGCCCGCAGAGCUCUCGGCCUCGCAUGGGAAGCACCUGAAUGAGGCACUCACCAUCUUCCAGCGUCGCAGCUUCCGGGAUCGUGACCAGGAGCACCAGCGGCGCCUCAUGGAACAGAUCAGCACGGAGUACAACCGCCUGCAGGAGGAGAACGAUGCAGCAUCACGGCGGCGCUGCAAGACACUGUUGAUUGAGCUGGCACAGGCACUGGAUACCAACCUGGCCCGUGGGACCUAUGCACAACCCGGAGGCUACCGCGCCUAUGAGGCUGAGAGGCAGAAGCUGCUGGAGGGCUACCGGCAAGCAGAGGACAAGGGCCCCAAGGCCGAGGAGGUGCUGGAUGAGUUCCUAGCAGAGCGCCGGGCAGAGGCAGGAGCAGUGCUGAAGGCAGACAAUGCACUGAGCGAGGUCGAAAAGCAGCUGGAGGACCAGAAGCAGCAGGCCCAGCUCAUGGAGCAGCAGCAAAAGGCGGCAGCGGAGCGUGAACAGCAGCUGCAGGCGCUGCUGGAGGACGAACGCUGCAGCCACGCACAGAACCUGCAGGCGCUGGAAGCCAAGAUGAGGGAGGAGGCGGCCAAUGCGCAGCGGGAGCUGGACAGGGCGCUGGAAGCGAAGCUGAGGGAGCACGGUGAGAUGCUGCAGCGAGGCUUCAAUGAGCGGGCGGCGCUGCUAGAGCAGGAGAUGGCGGCGUUAAAGAGGGAGAUCAGCGGCAGCAAGCAGGACCUGGCGGCCAAUAUCUUCGACGCCGUGCGAGCUGCCUGCGACCUCGCCAGAGUGUGGAAGAUAUCCAGGAUGAGCAAGGCCCGGGGCACCGCGGUGUAAGGCCGCAGCACAACGGGCAGGGGUCGGCCGUAGGCACAACCACAACCCGCGGCCAACGCCGACCCGCCCCCGCCGCUGUCUGGCGGCCAAAUAAAGCGCUCCCCACUCAGCUCCA